AUGUUAUUAAAACAGCUUUUAUUUUUAUGCAUUUUACAAAAAUUUGUACGAGGGUUUCCAAUCUUAAAAAGAACCGAUGAUAGUGUUGCAUUUGGGUUUCCUGUUAAUUUGUUGAGUCCAAACCAGUCACCAGACUAUCUUUUAUUUGUUAACGAUGAGGUCAAUAUAAAAAACAACAACACUGGAGACGAUGAUAACAUAUUUGAUUUUUCCAUUUUUCUAUUCUUUAGUUUUGGUAUUAUGCUCAUUUCAUAUGCUCUGCUAGCUAUCAUUUAUAUUAUUGUAAAAUUUAUAGUACACAAAGUAUUUCAAAAGAAAAUAUCUUUAUUUGGACGUAGGAUCGGCAGGGGUGGUAUUUUAACGGAUUUGGAAAGCAAUGUGUCAACUAACAAUCAUGAGGCCAACACUAGGUCUAUGAACAACAGCAGCAACAACCAUAGCAGUAACAGAUAUGAUUUAAGUGUAUAUUUAGAUGACGAAGAUGACAUACAAGCCAACUUAGAAACUUUAUCAUCUGAGGAACAAUUUUAUUACAAACAAGGCGAAGAGUAUGUUAAACAAAAUCCACCUUUAUUGAUACCCAACACCAAUAGGCUGAAUUCACAAGAUGGCUCAUCAGUGGUGGAAGACCCGAUUAUGACUGAGCAAGCUUUACAGUACAUCGAAGAAGAGGGUGCACAUGCUUGGGAGUUUCAAGCGGAUCCAAACCUACCAUGCGACACCGUUAUUGUUGAAAAUAAAACAUAUUUAACUUUUUUAAACUAUCAUUACGAUGCUUCCAUCAUGACUUCUUUGCCCAUUCCAUAUCAAAACAGAGUUUAUUAUUAUGAAUGUAAAAUAUAUGAAAUAUUUCCUAGUGAAAAUGUAAGUAAUAAUGACUUAGAGAGCGAUAUAAUAUCUAUUGGUUUUGCUACCAAUCCGUAUCCAUAUUUUAGACUACCUGGCCGUCAUCAUCAUUCGGUAGCCUAUGAUUCCAACGGUUCUCGUAGAUUUAACAACUCAUUUGAAUUAACGGAGAAUUUGAAACACUUAUUACCCAAAUGUGAAAAGGGUGAUGUCAUGGGUAUUGGAUAUAGAACAAGGUCGGGUACAGUAUUUUUUACGCACAACGGUAAAAAAGUCAAGGAAACUGAGGUUGGUGGUCAUAUUAAGAAAUGGCGACUAAAAUAUUUGUAUCCUAUUGUGGGCGCUAAUUUUCCCUGCAAGUUGGGUUGUAAUUUUGGUACAUUUGGUUUUGUGUACAUAGAAGCUAAUAUCAAGAAAUGGGGGUUUGCCAGUAUGAAUGGCUUGAAAUUAGCUCCACCUUCUUAUGCUACUAUUGGAGAAGAUGUUUUACUAGAGAGUUGUGGUGAAGAUGAAGAUGAAACCGAAGCAGAGGACGACGACAACGAUUACGACUAUCUGGGUGAAGAAUAUAAUGAACAUGCAGACGCUAGUAGUGGUGGUAGUAGUGGGUCAGACGUGACCAGAAAUAAACCAUCUAAUACUAUCUUAAGAGAUAGUAAUAAUAAUAAUAAUAAUAAUAUCAUAACCAGCGUUAAUUCGACAAAUAGACAACGUAGUAAAAACCAAUCGAUUGUCACCAACGAUAACGUUAUUAAUUCUGACUCCAAUUAUAGAUUUGAAAACAUAGCUCCACCUCCUGGGUUUGAAUUUAGCACGAGUGUUUCUCAAAACGGUGAUAGUAUAUCCUUGGAUUAUUUACCGCCUAAUCCGCCGAAUUAUGCUAGCGAUGAAGACCAACCGAGCGUUGGACUUGUACGUUCUUCAAGUGAUAAUGCAAGGAACAGAUUACUGCCGGAUAACCAAGAUCAGGAAAAUGGAGAUGCUAACAGUGAUAUUGAUGAUUUUAUUAUUGAACUGGCUAACGAGGAUGACAUGUUGUUAAGGGAAAACACCUUAGCAAACCAAAAUGUUUGA